UGGUUACGCUGAGGGAAGCCCCGACUCGGCAGUCGCGGCUGUGAGUCGGUCUGUCCGCCGGAGGCCAUCCCCGCCGAUUCUAGUUCUCUGUGGCCCCGCGGUUCGCCGCCCCUCUCGCCGCCAAGAUGCCGGUGUUUCACACGCGCACGAUCGAGAGCAUCCUGGAGCCGGUGGCACAGCAAAUCUCGCACCUGGUGAUCAUGCACGAGGAGGGCGAGGUGGACGGCAAAGCCAUUCCUGACCUCACCGCGCCCGUGGCCGCUGUACAGGCGGCCGUCAGCAACCUCGUCCGGGUUGGAAAGGAGACUGUUCAAACCACUGAGGAUCAAAUUUUGAAGAGAGAUAUGCCACCAGCAUUUAUUAAGGUUGAGAAUGCUUGCACCAAGCUUGUCCAGGCAGCCCAGAUGCUUCAGUCGGACCCUUACUCUGUUCCUGCUCGAGAUUAUCUAAUCGAUGGAUCAAGGGGCAUCCUCUCUGGCACAUCAGACCUUCUCCUUACCUUCGAUGAGGCUGAGGUUCGUAAAAUCAUUAGAGUUUGCAAAGGAAUUUUGGAAUAUCUUACAGUGGCAGAGGUGGUGGAGACCAUGGAAGAUUUGGUCACGUACACAAAGAAUCUUGGGCCAGGAAUGACCAAGAUGGCCAAGAUGAUUGACGAGAGGCAGCAGGAACUGACGCACCAGGAGCACCGAGUGAUGCUGGUGAACUCGAUGAACACUGUCAAGGAGCUGCUUCCAGUUCUCAUUUCAGCUAUGAAGAUUUUUGUAACAACUAAAAACUCAAAAAACCAAGGAAUAGAAGAAGCCUUGAAAAAUCGCAAUUUCACUGUCGAGAAGAUGAGUGCUGAAAUCAAUGAGAUCAUUCGUGUGUUGCAGCUCACGUCAUGGGAUGAAGAUGCCUGGGCCAGUAAGGACACGGAAGCCAUGAAGAGAGCGCUGGCCUCCAUCGACUCCAAGCUGAAUCAGGCCAAGGGUUGGCUCCGUGACCCCAGUGCCUCCCCAGGGGAUGCCGGUGAGCAGGCCAUCAGGCAGAUCUUGGACGAAGCUGGAAAAGUUGGUGAGCUCUGUGCAGGCAAGGAGCGUAGGGAGAUCCUGGGAACCUGCAAAAUGCUUGGGCAGAUGACUGAUCAGGUGGCCGACCUCCGAGCCAGAGGACAAGGAGCUUCACCGGUUGCCAUGCAGAAAGCCCAGCAAGUGUCUCAGGGCCUGGACGUACUCACAGCCAAGGUGGAAAAUGCAGCUCGCAAGCUGGAAGCCAUGACAAAUUCCAAGCAGAGCAUUGCGAAGAAGAUUGAUGCGGCCCAGAAUUGGCUUGCAGAUCCAAACGGUGGACCCGAAGGAGAAGAUCAGAUUAGAGGGGCUUUGGCUGAAGCUAGGAAAAUAGCAGAAUUGUGUGAUGACCCUAAAGAAAGAGAUGACAUCCUACGUUCCCUUGGAGAAAUAUCUGCUCUGACUUCUAAAUUGGCCGAUUUACGAAGACAGGGGAAAGGAGAUUCCCCAGAGGCCCGAGCACUGGCCAAACAGGUAGCCACUGCCCUGCAAAACCUGCAGACCAAAACCAACAGGGCCGUGGCCAACAGCAGACCAGCCAAAGCAGCUGUUCACCUGGAGGGCAAGAUUGAGCAAGCACAGCGGUGGAUCGAUAAUCCCACGGUGGAUGACCGGGGAGUCGGUCAGGCUGCCAUCCGAGGGCUUGUGGCUGAAGGACACCGUCUGGCUAAUGUCAUGAUGGGUCCUUAUCGCCAAGAUCUCCUUGCCAAGUGUGACCGAGUGGACCAGCUCACGGCGCAGCUGGCUGACCUGGCUGCCAGAGGCGAAGGCGAGAGUCCUCAGGCUCGGGCACUUGCAUCUCAACUCCAGGACUCCCUGAAGGAUCUGAAAGCCCGGAUGCAAGAGGCCAUGACUCAGGAGGUAUCGGAUGUUUUCAGUGACACCACAACUCCCAUCAAGCUGUUGGCCGUAGCCGCUACUGCCCCUCCUGAUGCACCUAACAGGGAAGAGGUAUUUGAUGAGAGGGCAGCUAACUUUGAAAACCAUUCUGGGAGACUUGGUGCCACUGCAGAAAAGGCAGCUGCUGUGGGUACUGCUAAUAAAUCAACUGUGGAAGGCAUUCAGGCCUCGGUGAAGACAGCCCGGGAACUCACACCCCAGGUGGUCUCAGCGGCGCGGAUCUUACUUAGGAACCCUGGAAACCAAGCAGCAUACGAACACUUUGAGACCAUGAAGAACCAGUGGAUUGAUAAUGUUGAAAAAAUGACAGGGCUGGUCGACGAAGCCAUCGAUACCAAAUCGCUGUUGGAUGCUUCUGAAGAAGCAAUUAAAAAAGACCUGGACAAGUGUAAGGUAGCCAUGGCCAACAUUCAGCCGCAGAUGCUGGUUGCCGGGGCAACCAGCAUUGCUCGUCGGGCCAACCGAAUCCUGCUGGUGGCGAAGAGAGAGGUGGAGAACUCUGAGGAUCCCAAGUUCCGCGAGGCUGUGAAAGCAGCCUCUGAUGAACUGAGCAAAACCAUUUCCCCCAUGGUGAUGGAUGCCAAGGCUGUGGCUGGAAACAUCUCUGACCCCGGGCUGCAGAAGAGCUUCCUGGACUCGGGAUACCGGAUCCUGGGAGCUGUGGCCAAGGUCAGAGAAGCCUUCCAGCCUCAGGAGCCUGACUUCCCGCCUCCUCCACCAGAUCUCGAGCAGCUCCGCCUAACAGAUGAACUUGCUCCUCCUAAGCCACCUCUGCCUGAGGGUGAGGUUCCGCCACCCCGACCCCCGCCACCGGAGGAGAAGGAUGAGGAGUUCCCUGAGCAGAAAGCUGGGGAGGUGAUCAACCAGCCCAUGAUGAUGGCUGCCAGGCAGCUCCACGAUGAGGCUCGCAAAUGGUCUAGCAAGCCGGGUAUCCCAGCCGCGCAGGUGGGUAUUGGUGGUGUAGCCGAGGCAGAUGCGGCUGAUGCUGUUGGGUUCCCUGUCCCCUCUGACAUGGAAGACGAUUACGAACCUGAGCUGCUGUUAAUGCCAACCAAUCAGCCAGUCAACCAGCCCAUUCUGGCCGCGGCUCAGUCCUUGCAUCGGGAAGCUACCAAGUGGUCUAGUAAGGGCAACGACAUCAUUGCAGCAGCCAAGCGUAUGGCUCUGCUGAUGGCUGAGAUGUCCCGCCUUGUGAGAGGGGGAAGUGGUACCAAGCGGGCACUCAUUCAGUGUGCCAAGGACAUCGCCAAGGCCUCGGAUGAGGUGACCCGGCUGGCCAAGGAGGUUGCCAAACAGUGCACAGACAAGCGGAUUAGAACCAACCUCCUACAGGUGUGUGAGCGAAUCCCAACAAUAAGUACCCAGCUCAAAAUCCUGUCCACGGUGAAGGCCACCAUGCUGGGCCGGACUAACAUCAGUGAUGAGGAGUCUGAGCAGGCCACAGAGAUGCUGGUUCACAAUGCCCAGAACCUCAUGCAGUCUGUGAAGGAGACUGUGCGAGAAGCAGAAGCAGCCUCAAUCAAAAUUCGAACAGAUGCUGGAUUUACACUGCGCUGGGUUAGAAAGACGCCCUGGUACCAGUAGGCACCUCGCUGGACAUGGCUGGCACAGAAGUCCAUACUGAAUAGAAGGAAAAUGAUCAAGUCCUGGGAGUCACCCAUAAUGGCUGGGGCUUUAAAGUAACACAACCUGGCCUCUCAUGUCAUAAAGGAAUGGGGGCUUCUUCAUAUUAGAAAACAUUUAUACUUUUUUUUUUUUGUCAUGGACACUUUGAGAUGUGUCUCCAUAUAAAGUCUGAUUUCUCAAACACAAUUAUCCUUGUGCACACUCUAAGGCAUUUUGGGCUUCUAGCCCUUGGACUUCACAUAAGCUCAGAAUUCAAGAGUAAACACUAGCCAAACACCUCUUCUGCCCUUAUUGUUGAGGGGACACCUCUCUGUUUGCCUUUUACUGGUCCUCAGCCUCCCUAUAGGCUCCCUGGAUCCAGAGCCUGGGCAAUUCAGUUAAGGAAAUCACUGUGCCUCCAAACAUUAUUUUGGGCCUUCCAGGUUGCUGCUGACCCUGUCUGCCUUUCCUGGGUCUUUUGCAGAAGUGAGCUUUGCUGCUGCAUGGGAUGGUAGCCUCUGGGGAGCUCUAGCAAACAGGGCCUGAAUUCAUUUCCUGUCCUUCCUCGAUUUAAUCCUUUUCUCAGUUUAAAACCAAAUUUUACUAUCCGGAGGUAAUAAAAUCACGAUUCUCUCUUUACCAUGCCCCUGAACUGUCUAUGUUAUGGAAACUGUCCCCAGUUCUGCCUCGGCCUGCCAAGGCAGCCCAUCCCAUGAACACACUGUGUUGCUGGUGCUCUCUGCUGCAGGAGGGACGGAGUGGCCAGGGCAUGGUCCUGCGCAGCCUCCUUGCAGGGUCACUCCCAAGCACUUCAUGCUUUGUCACUGCCUGCAGAGGCUUGUGCUGAGGCCUUAUUCAUUCUUAGCUCUCAGCUGUUCUGAGCUGAAAUGCUGCAUUUAAUUUUUAACCAAAUCAUGAAGAAUCAUGACCAUUUUAGUCUUCCCUCACACCUUACCCUAAACAAGAUUUUAAAGUUACUUAGGUAUUUGUUCAUUUUUAUCCUCUUGAGAUUCAGUCCUAUGAAUUAGUGCUUCUCCCCCAAUAGCAUUUAAUGGAAAAGGAGUCCUGUCUGAAGGCCGUUUUUUAAUUAAUUGAGAAUGUUAUCUGCAGCCUAAAAUUUGGGUGCUGCAGAAUUCAAUGGGAAGUGACUCUUGUUGUCCAUACCUCCCUUCAAUCAACUGCAACUAAGCCCCCGACAUCCUCUCCCAAGUAUUCAAGAGCAUAAUGGGCACAAGAUUUCACUACCGCAGUUGUAAGGUUGCUGUCAGACAAAAGUCAGAGAGAAGGCAACUUUAUCCUUUUGCAUUUACUGCUGAGCAUUCCCUAACCCAUGAAAUGGCAUUUCUUCCCAGAACCAGAACCAGUAAGGAAAGGAGUAAGAACCCAUGCUUGAACAUCCUUCCCAGACCCAAUGUGUGUUAGGUCUUAAUGUGUAAAAGUUGUCUGAAGUUGAUCCUAUACUCUCAAGCUUUCUCUUACUUCCUUUAACUGAAAGAUUAUUUUCAAGGCCUUCAGCAUAUCUGUAUAUUGCUUACUGAUAUAAAUGCAAUAUUAAUGCCUUUAAAGUAUGACUCUAUGCCAAAGAUCGCUUUUUGUUUUACUAAAGAUUACUCAGAGGAAAUACAAAAAGUCAUGUUUGUUCUCCAAGUUACUCCAGUGUUCUGAGACACUGGUUUACACUUUAUGCCAGAUGUGCUUUUCUCUAAUAUCAGAGCUCAAGAUACAGUGAAGCAAAUAAACAAAACAAAAAACUCAAUGAUUAGAGAAAAAACUCACUAAAAAAACCCCUACAUUUAUAAACUAGGAUUUAUUAUAUGCAAAUAUUUUCUGCCUCUUCUUUUGUUCUGUUUAAAACAAUAAAAUACAUUUGUAUAAA